AUUGGCGUAUUAUAGGUACAUGUAAAAUGAAUAUAAAAACUACAUACUGGCUCCAUAAACUGGUAAAACUGCCCGUCUAAAUUGGACUUCGCCCAAAUAUACACACACAAAGAGAGAGCUAUAGCCGUAGCUAUGAUCUCGCAGUUAUUCGUGCUGUCGCAGCGAGGCGACAACAUCGUUUUCCGCGACUACCGUGGUGAAGUGCAAAAGGGGACUGCAGAAAUAUUCUUCCGCAAAGUGAAGUUUUGGAAAGAAGAUGGACAAGAAGAGGCACCACCUGUCUUUAAUGUGAAUGGGGUUAACUACUUUCAUGUGAAGAUUGUGGGAUUAUUGUUUGUUGCAACCACAAGGGUAAAUGUGUCGCCUUCUCUUGUCUUGGAGCUUCUACAAAGAAUAGCCCGUGUCAUUAAAGAUUACCUUGGGGUUCUCAAUGAAGAUUCAAUACGGAAAAAUUUUGUGCUUGUGUAUGAGUUGCUUGACGAAGUCAUGGAUUUUGGCUAUGUGCAAACAACAACAACUGAAGUGCUGAAGUCCUUUGUAUUCAAUGAGCCAAUUGUUGUUGAUGCUGCUCAUUUGUCACCCCUUGGCCCUGCUGGCCUUUUUAUGCAAGGGACCAAAAGAAUGCCUGGGACAGCUGUCACAAAAUCUGUUGUAGCUAAUGAGCCUGGGGGUAGGAAGAGGGAGGAAAUUUUUGUGGAUAUAAUCGAGAAGAUCAGCAUCACUUUCAGCUCUAGUGGAUACAUACUGACUUCUGAGAUUGAUGGAACGAUUCAAAUGAAAAGCUAUCUUACUGGUAAUCCAGAAAUCCGGUUAGCACUUAAUGACGACCUGAGCAUAGGAAGAGGUGGGGGAUCAACCUAUGACUAUAGGGGUUCAUUUGGCUCAGGAGCUGUUGUACUGGAUGACUGUAAUUUUCAUGAAUCUGUACGUCUUGAUAAUUUUGAUGUUGACAGAACAUUAUCCCUGGUUCCUCCAGAUGGUGAGUUUCCUGUCAUGAACUACCGUAUGACUCAAGAGUUCAAGCCUCCUUUUCGUAUUAAUGCUUUGAUUGAAGAAGCAGGUGCACCUAAGGCUGAAGUGAUUCUUAAAGUACAUGCUGAGUUCCCUUCUAGCAUUACAGCAAACACAAUUAGUGUCCAGAUGCCACUACCUAAAUAUACUAUGAGAGCGAGUUUCGAGUUGGAACCUGGAGCAGUUGGACAAACAACAGAUUUCAAGCAAGCCAAUAGGAGACUUGAAUGGAAUUUAAAGAAGAUUGUUGGGGGAUCUGAACAUACACUACGAGCUAGGCUAACAUUUUCCCAGGAGUCACAUGGAAAUAUUACAAAAGAAUCUGGUCCAGUUAGCAUGACAUUUACAAUACCAAUGUAUAAUGCUUCAAAGCUCCAGGUUAAAUACUUGCAGAUAGCAAAGAAGUCUGGAACUUAUAAUCCAUACAGGUGGGUGAGAUAUGUUACUUUGUCCAAUUCCUAUGUUGCUCGUAUGUGAUGCAGUAGAGCUUCAUCUGUUUGAUGCAGUAAAGCUUCAACUGUUCUCUGCUUUUUCCGUUGAUUUUGACUACAUUCAAAUUAAUUUCCAGUUCUACUGUUGAUUAAUUUCAUUAUUUCUUAUGUACCGCUGUUUAUUACCAUCUAAACCAACUUGUUGCAUUGAAUAGGUUUUUUUUUUUUUUUUUUUUUUUUGGGGUUUGCGUGUCCUGAAGAUUCAUUUUGAAUUAAUGAUUGAUAAAAACGAUUAGUUAUGUUGAAUUUGAGAUGGAUCUUUAUCAAUUUUGCAAGCCUCGUCACUGGGCCGCUAAAAGCUAACAAUAUCUGAUAUUUGAUGUUAUUUUCAUCUCUGGUUUCUUCUGUUUUCUUUAUCCAUAAUUUUGGCGCGUCUUCUCUCAAGUGCUGUUGGUGGCCAUUUUAGAAGAGGUUCCUUUGUCUUUGUUUAAUUGGUUUUUAGUUCUCUUUUUUGUAUUCUGCCAAGAACAAAAUGUGGACUACCAGUGAUGGUGAGCCCUGCAUUAAAAGAAAAGCUCAGAGAAAAUAAAUAUGAUUGAAUAGAAACAAAAUAUGUAAUAAUUCAUAUUUAAUUGGUUUGCAUAUUUAAUUUCUCAUUUGUUUUUUUAAAAAAUUUUAUUUCGUGCUUUAGAUUCUGUCUCUGAAGUUUUUCUUUUAAUUUCUCUGUACAUUGUAUCAAAUUCAUUUUUCUUUCUCUAAUUCUCUCAUUUAUUUUUAAACAUUCGUCA